GGGUAUAUACUUCAGGCCAAAGAAAGCAAAUUAUUUGAAAGUUACUACAAAGGUCAAUGUAUAGUGCCAGAAGAGGAGUGGAAUGAUUUUAUGGAGGCAUUAUUGCGACCUUUACCCUGCACUUUCAGAGUUACUGGGUUCAAAAGCCAUGCAAAGGAUAUGCUAUCGAUUGUUAAGAAGGAUUAUUUAAACAAUCUUCUCCAUCCCUACCACAUCACCACCACCAUCAUCAUUAUCAGGUAUCCAGAUGAGUUGGCAUGGCAGUUGGACUUGGCUAGAAAGGACAUCAGACAGGAUGGUCGACUGAAGAGGUUGCAUCAGUUUCUCAUUCAAGAAACUGAAAGUGGCUACAUAAGUAGGCAAGAAGCAGUCAGCAUGAUUCCUCCAUUGGUCCUUCAAGUCACACCACAUUCUAAAGUGUUGGAUAUGUGUGCAGCUCCCGGCUCGAAAACAGCCCAACUCAUCGAGUUCCUCCACUCUGAUGAGGAUGAUGAUGGGAGCAAUAAGCACGAAUCUAGUGGCUUCGUUAUAGCGAACGAUUGCGAUAACAAGAGAUGCUACCUGAUGGUCCACCAGAUCAACAGGCUGCUCAGUGCCAAUUUUGCUGUCACCAAUAUGGACGCUACUAACAUGCCUAACUUUUUUCAUCCCACGACGGAUGAGGUUGUCAAGUUUGAUAGGAUCCUCUGUGACGUCCCAUGCAGUGGCGACGGAACCCUGAGAAAGAAUGUGGACGCCUGGCACAGGUGGAACCCUGGAUCGGCCCACGGUCUGCAUAAUUUACAGAGGAGAAUAUUGAGGAGAGGGAUGGAGAUGUUGAGUGAGGGUGGCCUGAUUGUCUACUCGACCUGCUCGCUGAAUCCCGUCGAGAAUGAAGCCGUUGUGGCGCAUAUACUGAGAACUAUGAAGGGCGCCGUAGAAUUAGUGGAUAUAAAGGAGCGUCUGCCUGGCUUGCUGUCAGAGCCUGGUAGAAGUUGCUGGAAGGUCAUGACAAAAACCGAAGAAUGGUACAGUAGCUAUGCGGAGGUACCCCAGAGACUUCACACCCAACUCGUGCCUACCCUAUUCCCUCCCUCCGAGGAGGAAGUGGUGCAGUUCAGUUUGCACAAGUGCAUGCGGAUUCUUCCCCACAAGCAAGACACCGGCGGGUUCUUUGUGGCAUUGUUGAGAAAAAAUGCAUCGUCGUUAUCGUCAUCAACAUCAUCGUCAUCAUCAUUAACGUCGCUUGGUGUUGCUGAUAAUGAUGAUGAAAAGAGUCGUAAUGAUAAUGAUGGUAACAAUGAGGAUGAAAAAGAUGAUGAUGGUGGUGAUAAUGAAGCAUCUAAGAAGCAGAAGCACUUCGGCUACAAAGAGGAUCCGUUCAUUUUUCUGAAGCAAAACGAUCCAAUGUGGAAGCCCAUCAUCGAGUUUUAUGGCAUUUCCGAUGAUUUUCCAUUCGAUCAGCUGAUGGUGAGAUGUGACACCGGCAAGAAGAGGAACAUCUAUUUUGUGUCUUCUGUCAUCAAACAACUGGUUCAGAAGAACGAGGACAAGUUCAAGUUCAUAAACUUCGGGGUGAAAAUUUUGAGUAGGAGUGUAUCGAAGGAUGUGGAGUGUGAGUUCAGACUGGUCCAAGAUGGCUUGCACCUCUUGUACCCCUACAUAACGAAGAGGGUGGUAAAGGUCACGAGGGCAGACGUUGUCACCUUGCUCAGCUCAGAGAACCCUUACAUCAAUAGGUUCUCUAAACUUGCUCAUGACCAAAUGCAGUCAUUAGAUCAGGGAGGCUGUGUUUUCUUGUAUGAACCGUCGCCAGACACAGAUGGACCGAACUGUCGACUAAUUUUAUGCGGUUGGAAGGGCAAGGUUUCAUGUCGAUCCUUCCUUCCGAAAGCUGAUCGAGGUCACUAUUUGAGAUUGUGUGGAGCUGAACUGACGCAUCACGGUUUGUAUGUGUGUUUGUAUGAUUUCGUUUUGUUUGUUUGUCUGUGUUUUGUGUGUUUGGUUUGUGGGUAUGUAUCCUUGUUUGUGUGUUUUGUUUGA